AUGUCGCAGGUGUCACCUGUGACCAUUUCAGCGGCGACUCCAUCUGGGGCCGCGGGCGUCUCGGUCCCAGGGCCCGAGAAAAACGCGAGCCAAUCCGCCACUCCGAGCCCACGUCCAACACCUGCCACUGCAUCGCCGGCGAAACUUCGCAGCUGUGCCGUGUGCAGGACCCGAAAAGUCCGUUGCAAUAAGGAGUCGCCAUGCUCGAAUUGUCGUCGGGCCAACAUCCCCUGUGUCUUCCCCUCAGCCGACCGUCCUCCGCGAUGGGCUCGGCGUCUAGAGCGCAUCACUAGCAAUGCAGCCCAAGUUGCCAACCCGGAAGCUGAGCAAGUCAUGGAAAGAAUACGGAAUCUUGAGAGCCUCGUGAAGCAGCUCAGCGGUCAGCUGGAACAGGCUCAUGCGGCGGCUCACUCUCCGCAUGACUCAUCCCGUGUCAUAUCGUCUGGCAGUUCGCCUCAUGACCAGCGUCCAGACCAUCAGAUAGAUGCGCCUUUUCCUACCGUGACAAGCACCGAAAAUUUCCAGAAGCAGUUUGGAAGGUUGGUGCUCAAAGAUGCUAGCCGAAGUCGCUAUAUCAGCAGCGGUUUCUGGUCACGGAUCAACGACGAGCUCGAUGGGCUCAAGAUGGAGACCCGAGGUCUCGCUGGAGAGACUUCCGAUACCUCAGAAGACGAGAGCUCUCAGUCUGCGGAGAAGUCGCUGCCCACUCAGGAGCUGGAACGGACGCCUUCGGAACGUCAUGCCUUCUUAUUCCGGCAUAACCUCAACCCUGCCGGCCCCGAUCUCCGCGAAUUCCAGCCGCUCCCCUCCCAAGUCCCAUUUCUCCUGGAUGUCUUCUCCGAGAAUGUCAAUCUUCUCUACCAGAUUGUUCAUAUGCCCACGGUGCGGAGCAUGGCCCCCAGCUCACGCGGUCGCAAUAGUAACACGACUACUCUCACGCUGGCCAACGAGGCCUUGUUGUUUUCCAUCUAUUAUGCAGCGAUUACAUCUAUGGAGGAAGACGAUAUCAUGAUGAAUUUUGGCUCUACCAAGGCCAACCUUAAUCUCAAGUAUCGGCUCGGACUCGAGCAUGCCCUUGCCGCGGCGGACUUCCUCAACGCCCCUGAACUAGUUCUGGUGCAAGCAUUUUCCAUCUUUCUCUUUCUCGUUCGCCGUCAUGAUAGCCCGCGAUAUGUUUGGAUGAUGACAGGACUGCUCAUCCGCAUGGCGCAGGCUCUGGGAAUGCACCGCGACGGAUCUCAUUUUCACCAUUUGACCCCCUUCGAGGUUGAGAUGCGUAGGCGGGUCUGGUGGGUGGUCUGCAUACUUGACGUGAGAGCAUCAGAAGACCAAGGAAUCGAUCUUACGAUUAGCAGCGGUAGUUUUGAUACCAGGACCCCCAUAAAUUUGAACGAUGCAGACAUUAGUCCUGAUACCAAAAUAACACCGACGGAAUGUCAGGGCUUCACGGAUAUGACCUUCCCGAUGCUCUCUAUUGAGAUGUGCGAGAUCACGCGGCGGAUGAUGGCUGGACCCCCAGGCUUUGAAGAGCAAAGCCGUCUCUUGAACGAGAUGAACGACAAAUCCGAACACGGCUACCUCCAGUACUCUGCAGAUUCGGCAAACAUCUGUUACUGGGUCGGCGUUAUUUGCAUGCGCCUCCUUGUGGCAAAAAUGACCCUCAUAACCCACCUCCCUGUGCUCUUCUCGUCGCCAAGUGAACACUUCUCAGAUGAGAUCAGAGACAAGCUGCUGGUGUCAGCCAUCGAAGUCGCCGAGCACAACCACGCGCUGAACUCCGAACACGCCUGUCACCACUGGCGCUGGGUUUACCAAACUUUUACACAUUGGCAUGUCAUCGUCUACCUGUUGAUUGAGAUGACCCGCCGCCCGUGGUCGUCUAUUGUCGAGCGAGCCUGGGUGAAUCUGCAUAGCCCCUGGCUAAUCCCGGUUCAAUCCAACAGGAACCUUCGAAUUUGGGUCCCCUUGCGAAAGCUGAUGGCCAAGGCUAGAAAGCAUCGCGCUGCCGAGGUCCAAAGGUUACGUGGCGAUGCUGGGGCUGCUCGACAACUCGAGAUAGAUGACCGCAAGCUCCCGGUGCCUAAGAGUGCUUCUUCCGUGAGAGAUGGCGCAUACUCUUGGCUAUGA